GCGGGGAAUGAGAGAAAUUGUCUUUUUUUUUCGUUGAAAACUAAUCUGCAGCUUUGCAGCGUUCACUACUAGGCUUCAAAACCGCGGAAAUUAGUCAGACAGUGAGCGUGAAUACAUUCAAUUAAAAAAGCCACGAAAGAGGUGCGCCCCCGCGCGGUGAACCUAUUUAUACAAACGAUUCCGUGUCCUUCAUACGAAGUAUAAACACUCUUGCUUCACCACAGUUCAAACUGGAAAGAACAAUGCCUUGACGUGCAUGAAUUAUGCCUAGCAGUGGUAGUCACUUUAGUGUGGCCCUUAAUUAAACUCACCUAAAAUGAAAUUCAGGGUCUUACGCUUUUCUGUGGCCAGGUCCUGUUUAAUAGUCGGAGAUCGGGACCACUUAACAUCUUUAUUGAUUCAUUAUUCUGAGUGAGAAGAGCUUAGAGAUAACAUCUGACAUUUUUAUCAAUGACUUUUUUAUAGUGGUUACUAGCUUCCGCAGUUGAAUAGGGAAACGUAUAUCGUGAGCUUUCGUCGAUGAUUAGCCAACCCUGCACGGUCUGCUUAAGAACUCCAAGGACAAUUGAAUGAUGAAUUGGCGUGAAUCGCACGUCGCUUGCAAAGCAAAGCCAAACUGUGGCGACUCCCGGCGAUUUUUGUCAAUAGUAUUGUGUCUCUCGGGGUGUUAAUAAAUUUAUCGCGACAAACACUGUAGAUAAAGCGCAAGGGUGUAAAAACACCAGAUCUAUAAGCCGCCACAAAUCCCGUUAUGUAAAGCAAAAGCCUUCGAGUUUGACGGUCUUAGGGGUGCCCUUUGUCGCUCUUAAGGGGAACUUUCAUCAAGAAGCUCAGCAAUAGCUAUGUUGAGUGACAUCGCUUCAAGGUGUUUAUUCUUUCCUGCUGCGCUUUUCAAAUUGUGUCCCUCCCUACAUGUCUAUCACGGCAACCUCACCUGCAAUGUAGCUGUUACUGAACGACUUCAUGAACGCGCGAUGCUCCACGAAAAAAGCGGAGUGGACAGGCGUUUGAUUCUCAGGGAAAGCGAGCGCCCACUUCCGAUUUAAUGUUCUUUAUCUCAUGCGUGAUCUAACACUCAAAUCUGGUGAAAUGGUUUGUACCCUGUGUUAGUCAAUAAGAAAAGGAAUGCCAAAUAUAGUGUUGUUUUCAGAAGCUAUCAAACAAUUAGGAACAUAACCACAGCUCUGCGGGAGACGACUAAUCAUAAUAUUCACCGGGAUCAUUUUACUGCUCAUGCGUGCUUUCUUGGCAGGACAAUUGUCAGCAGAGUCUCACGCUGUGUUUUAACGGUGUAACAUAUGCUACUACACUCAAAACUUUCGCGUAGUCUCUCCUUAAUAAUAGUUUGCCUCGUUAUUAUUUACACUUGCCUAGAGCUGUUCCAUAUUCAAAACCCGGGGAAACCUUGAAAUGGACGGCGGCUUCGCCAAACGCUAUUCAUUGCCAUUUGAGGGUGCAGCUCUUCGGUCCUCGUCCUCGAACAACUUGCCAACUACCUCGACCGUGGGCUUUAACGAACACAAGAAGGAGCCGCCGUUAGGAAUGAAUCACUUGCUGGACUCAGGAAGCCAUCUUUCGUCGAUCAGAUUUGCUGCGGCUCACAGAGCACAAGCAGAAGCUGUCGCCUUCGAUCAAAAACCGCCCGGGAUGUCUUCGCAGCAGACUCUGUACCACUCGUUUCCUGCGUAUCGUCAUGUUUCUUCCCAAGGCUUCCCACCUCACGAGUUUAUCCACCACCAGGACUCGCACUUAGGCUCUGCCAACAUAGCGAGUUCCCACUCGCUAGCUCUUCACGACCCCAUCGCUUCCAACACACCCAAUUACUCACAUAGGCACAACAUGUUCAGUUCGCCACCAACCGCUGCAAUUCACGGAAACAACAUAAACUACCAUCACGCAGUGACGCAUAAAGGCUUAGAUGUCACGAGCAAUCCACAUAUACACUACGGAGCACUUACACCAGGACACGAGGCAACCUCUCCACAUCAUGGAAUGCCACCGGUACUCAAUAAUCAGCUCAGAUAUCGAGGAGACUUUUAUUCUCGAACCGAUCGGUUUGCGCAAGGUAGUCUUGGAAGUCCUUUCUUGGAUCAUGGCCCGCCAGGAUAUGGAGGGCCAACUGGACCCGGAAUGUAUCACCUUCCGUUGAUGAAACAGCCCACAAAUCAAAUUCUAACCUGCCUCUGGGUAGAUCAGAACCCGGUCCAAGGCAAACGGAAACCUUGUGGCAAGCAGUUCACCAUGAUGCCCGAUUUAGUAUCGCACAUCUCCGACGAACAUGUGAGCAUUAACGAUUCCAACUUGCACGUCUGCUACUGGCAAGAGUGUGGGAGGAGCGGGCAGCCCUUCAAGGCGAAAUACAAGUUGGUAAACCACAUUCGAGUCCAUACCGGGGAGAAACCUUUCCCCUGUCCUUUUCCUGGAUGUGGAAAACUGUUUGCUAGGUCAGAAAAUCUAAAAAUUCACAAACGAACCCACACGGGUGAGAAGCCGUUCGAAUGCGAGUUCCCCGGUUGCGAUCGUCGCUUCGCCAACUCGAGCGACCGGAAAAAGCAUUCGCAUGUCCAUACUUCAGACAAACCGUACAUCUGUAAAAUUGAGGGGUGCAACAAAAGCUACACGCACCCAAGUUCGCUCAGAAAACACAUGAAACUUCACGAGACUGGUGGACUAAGGCCAUUGUCGCCGCCUAUUUCACAAACGAACGGACAGCGGGACAGUAUUAGUUCGGACAGAGACAGUCCGAUCAAGCCUUCGGCCAGGUCUCCUUCGCCUAGGCCGCGUUCAAACACUGAGAACAAUUCAGAAUGGUAUUCUUGUUAGCUGCAGGUUUGCAAACGACUCGAAAUAUUCGAUAUUUGUAGUCGAAAAGCGUGAACGAGAUAAAUGCACAAAUUAGGUAAAACUGUAAAGAUGUCUUCAUGAGAGGAACUUGGAACCUUCAGGAACUGGGUUAAACUAAGUAAUGUGAGUUAGUUCUAAACCCAGAAGUUUCAUCCCUUGAGACAGUUGUAAACGAUUUACACAGUUGUAAAUUAAGGAAGCACUUUUUAAUUUUAAAAUAGGACGAUAAAAGGAGAGUGUCUAUGAA